GAAACUCUCAAAUAUAAACACGCUCAUUUUGGUUCUCCUCCUUUAUCAGACCCUAACUUACAUCUUCUAAACAAAAAAGAAACAGAUGAUGGUGGACCCAGCUUCACUAACUCCAGUUCUACUGUCAGUAUACCGACCUGCUCUCAGUCCAUAGCCCCAAAUGUUGCUGCCCCUCCAUGUCCACAAGUCAGACCAGCAGUCAUCCAGGACUCAACUGUCUGCACUAAAAGAAGCAGAACACAAGAUGCAUUUCAGCUUCCACCUGUGCAUUCUGAAAGUGAACCAAUAGUUGUCAGUGAUGCUCCGAUGGAAAUAGAGGCGCCUGUUACAGCUGUGAACUACUCAGUCACAAACACCCUGCCGGCCCAUUCUCUCCUCCAAAUCUUCUCCUCAGAUCCUGGUUGGAGUAGAAGAGACUCCAGCUGCCUGCCUCGUUCUUCCAGCAUGCCUUCACUGAGUCAAAUAACCUCUGAAAAGAUCAAGACCUUAACACGAGCUGAAAGCUUACCUGACAUGCUGUUAAAAACCAGCUUUGAGGAGUUUACACCUGAUAUCACUGCUGAUGAAAGCGAUGAAACCUACAGGUUCCAGUGCUCCUGCCCAGGCCUGUACCAGUGCAGUGUGACCGGCCUGGUGUUCCACAUGGAGGGAGAAGGGGACGUGGUUUACAGGAUUGUCCCUUGGACCAGGAGGCUACUGGCCCAGCAUCACAAGAAGCCUGCAGGACCCCUGUUUGACAUCAAAUGUCUGCAGCAGUCGGUGUGUCAGCUUCAUCUCCCACACUGUGAGAUCCGCUCCACAGGUGGAUGUGAUUUCUUGUCAGUUGCUCAUGUGAACGAUGAGGGCAUUGAGUUUAUCAGCCCUCAUAGGAUAACAGAAACUCAUGUUAUUAUAAACAUCACAGGGUUUUCUGGUUUCGGUAUUGUCAAGGAUGAAGAUUCACCACCUGACCUGGUCCGAGCGCUGGUUCUGCUGUUCUACAGGCCCCCAGCUGAUCCUGAUCCUGAAUCCCUCCUCAAUGUGUUGUUGCUACCGAGGAACGUUGUUCUCCGGGAUGUGCAGCGCAUCCGGAAGAAGUUAGUUGGAGAUGAGAACUACAUAGAGACAUCCCCACACUGUAAACUGCACCCAAAUCAGGAAUACUCUCUGUCCACUUGUCCUGAAGACAACUCGGUUCUAGUUCAACCAACAGAAGCAGAGUUUGACUGUGACAACUAUGACAACUUCUUCCCAUCAUUCCAGGUGAGCUUAGAAACAAUAAUGAAACACAUUAACCUGUUUUUGAGGGACACCAACAGCUCCCACAGUGUCUGGGAAAGACGAGUUUGUUUAUCAUCCACUGGAGUAAGAAGGUCCUGUGGGCCGAGCUCUGUGAAUCUCCGUCCUAAUGACAGGCUGUUGGAGAUACGGAGCAGCUUCAUCGAUGGGAUAUCAGGACCUGUUCUCAAAAGUCUGCUGGACAAACUGUUGGAGAAAAAGGUGAUGGCUGAUUCUGAGAGGGAGUCAGUGGACUCGAUGAAAAACACAAGAGACAAAGCUCGUUUUGUUAUCGACACAGUGAGGAAGAAAGGUGAAGCUGCUAGUUCAGAGAUGAUUGAGUUCCUCUGUGAGGCCGACCCGUUUCUCUGUGAACAUCUUGGGUUGAUCUGAAGCUACAUAAACAGGUGAUGCAUUCAGUUUAAGAGUAUUUUCUGCAAGAGACCAUAAACACAGUAGCCCAGUUUCUUCAUAAAAGUGUAUUUGUAUCUGAUCAAGUGUUAAAAUAUAAGAGCUAAAUAGUAGGCUUCUAAUAGUGCAGCUGGUUAGUUAAAUUGGGUUUCCGGUUGAUGAUGAUGCUGUGUGAACUACCUUUUCUUCGGGGAAUCUCCCUGAGCUGUUUUUACAGACUGAACAUGAGAGGAAACUGUGAGGAUGUUUAGAGCCACCUGCUGGCUGACAUGAGUUACUGUAAACUGUUGAUGCCAUUUUAUUUUACAGGAUGUUGGAGAUUAAGUAACUCUUGUUCACAAAACUUCCAUUUGGUGGCUCCUCUGGAUGAAUGAAUGAAUGUAUUGGUCGUAACCAAAGGAUAGGGUCAGAAGCUUCAGCUUAUAUAAGGCCCAACCAUCUCACAUGUUUUAAGAGUAACAAACAAAGUGACAAGGAAAAAAAUGUACAAGACAAGAAAGAUAAAAAUAAAUCAUACAAAAAAACUAAAGAACAUAUACACUUACCCAGAAAACUUUCUACAUACAUGCAUACAUACAGUGUGUUUGCAUACACUUAUAUACAUACAUACACGCCUACAUAUACCCAUAAGGGUCAGUACUUAUAUACAGUACAUUGCCACCAUAAGGCGAAUAAUAUCCUAAAUAAUGAUGAUAACCAUAAUGAUAAUAAUGAUGUUCAUCAUCAUCAUCA